AUGUGGCGCCGGCUCCUGCGGGGCGCGGAGGUGUGGGAGGACCGUCAGCGCACGGUCCUCGUCACGGAGGCGUCCCCGGGUCGAUGGAUCCGCCCAGUUCACGAGGAAGACGACCUCGCGAAUCCGUGCGUCGAUCCGUGCGUCGAGUGUGAGCUCCUCGAGGACAGGUGCGUCGGGUGGGUCCACGUCCGGGAUCUUCAGCUGUCGGCACCCGAGCCGGAGACGCACGCGUUACGCGCCAGUCGCAGAUACCGCGGCCACCGCGGGCUGCUGCACGUCCCGAGCGUCGUCGCCUUCGUCGAGGCGCACGUCGCGCGAACCCGCGAGGACCGCGCGCGGUACAAGCGGGGCGGCACGACGGGGCCGUCCCUCUUCGACGCAUCCGGUUUCGUUCAGGCGGCGUUCGCCAACGCGUCAUCACCCCGGCCCGUGUUCAUACCGCGGCGAGUGCACGAGCAGCACCACUUCGCCGAGCCCGUGGACGACCUGAACGAGGCCACUCCCGGCGACCUCGUCUUCUUCGGCGUCCAACCCCCGAACGCCUUCAAGGGAUGCGUCGACGUGCGCCACGUCGGGAUCAUCACAGCUGUGCGAUGCAUUUCGGGAUCAUCGGCAUCAUGCGUCGAGCUCGCCUUCGCGUCCGUCACCGACCCGAUCGCCGGUCGCGGGAUCGUCGCCCGCGACAGCGUCAUCGUGCCCUCUCGGUCAUCCACGCCGGGUGCCCGCGGUGGGAACUGGUCAACCACGUGGGAGUUUGGACGCGCGAGGCCCGGCCCGGAACACGAGGGCGACGCGGCGUCGGAGCGAUUGGCGCAAACAGUACUGAGCGUCGGUCGAUGCAGACGGGGCGUCGAGGGCGCGGAUGACCUGCCUCGCGGUCGCACGGCGUCCUCGGCACGAUGCGGGGGGUCGAGCAGGUG